ACCCUCAAAAUGAAACUGUGAUUACUAUUGCUAGUAAAAAGGAUAGUAAAACUGUUAAACAGAAUCUAACUUGUCAGGCAAAAUAUAACCAAGGCUUUGGCUAUGCAAAAAAAGCUGUUGAGUUGGCUCUUGAAACUGGUUAUAAAAAUGAAUUAAACAAACUCCUACAAAAUUGGAUUAAAGAGACAGAAAGAAAGAUUCAUUACAAUUUAAAUAAACCUAACAAGGAGAAUUUGCCAAAUAUAAGCAAUCCUUAUUUAACUCAUACAAAAGAAGCAAACCAGCAAAAUGAUCAUGAGAAGAAAAGUAGUAAAUAUGUAUGCAGUUAUUGUAAAGGUGUUGGACAUAAUUUUCGUACUUGUGAACAUAAAAAAUUAUAA